AUGUCAAAAUGGCCCAAAGCAUACGACCGGGUGGAGUGGGUUUUCUUGCGUGCAAUGAUGCUUAAACUGGGUUUUUCAGCCACAUGGGUCUCCAAAGUCAUGGAUUGCAUCUCCACUACAACUUUUUCGGUGCUUUGGAAGGGCACUCUGGUUGGGCACAUUAUGCCACAGCGUGGGUUACGGCAAGGAUGUCCUUUAUCUCCAUAUCUUUUUCUUAUGUGCACUGAGGGGUUCUCGUGCCUAUUGCGUGGUGCAGAAAGGAGAGGAGAUUUGGUUGGGGUUCAAGUGGCAAGGGGGGCGCCUUCAGUAACUCAUCUAUUGUUUGCGGAUGACAGCAUUCUAUUUAUGAAGGCAACGAAUGAGGCUUGUAUGGCUUUGGAAACAUUAUUCCAAACCUAUGAAGAGGUAACAGGGCAACAAAUCAGCUAUUCUAAAUCCGCGCUCUCUCUAAGUCCGAAUGCCACAAGGGCAGAUUUCGAUAUGAUUGAAGGUGUUUUGAACGUCCUUGUUGUGCAGUGCCAUGAGAAUUAUUUAGGUCUGCCAACUAUCGCUGGAAUGGGAAGGAAACAACUCUUCCAACAUUUAAAAGACAAACUUUGGAAGCAUAUAAGUGGGUGGAAGGAAAAGCUCUUAUCUAGAGCGGGGAAAAAGAUUUUAAUCAAAGCCGUGUUACAGGCAAUCCCCACCUAUUCGAUGAGUUGUUUUCGGAUUCCAAAAGGAUUGUGCAAGGAGCUUAAUGGAAUCAUGGCUCGAUUUUGGUGGGCAAAGGCGAAAGACAAGAGGGGUAUUCAUUGGGUGAAGUGGGAGCUGUUGUGUAAGAGGCAAUGGAAUGUGCCAUUACUUAAGGAUAUUUUUUGGGACAAAGAGGUGGAUGCAAUAUUGCAAAUUCCAUUGGCUUCUUUGGCAGGUCACGAUUGUUUAAUUUGGCAUUAUGAAAGAAACGGCAUGUAUUUGGUCAAAAGUGGAUAUCGGUUGGCAGGGUUGGAGAAGGAUAAAAUGAGGGGAGAGCCCUCAGCUAGAGUUGAUUUGAAUUCAAAGUUCUGGAAGAAAAUUUGGGCUCUUAAAAUCCCAAAUGAGAAUAAGUUCUUUCUAUGGAGGUGUGCCUGGGAUUUUUUGCCUUGCGGUCAGAUACUUUUCAAUCGGAAAAUAGCGCCUACACCUAUCUGCCCCAAAUGCCAUCGCAAAGCUGAAAGUGUACUACAUGCUGUAUGGUUGUGUGAGGCUGCAAAGGACGUGUGGCGCAACUCAGCAUGGGGGAACGUCUGUGAGGUGUGGAGGGUCAAUUCUUUCAGAGAGCUAUGGCAUGCAUUACAGCUAUCCUCAAGUGGGGAAGAGCAAGGGUUGUUUGCAUAUCUGUGCUGGGGACUUUGGAAUAGGAGAAACAGCUUUAUCUUUGAAGGGAAAUCAGAAACUGCAACACAGUUGUUGUAUCGAAUGACCAAACUUGCACAAGAAUAUAUGCUGGGUCGUCGUUCGCAGAGUCACGAGCUUAUACCAUACGACCCUGAACUAGAGAACACACUUCGUUAUCUCCAUCGAGAUAAAAAUAAGCAAGAUACACUUCCAAUCAAGAUGGGAGACGAGUUGGAACUCAACAACCUCACCCGACCUUUGAAGGAUUUCACAGUUCCUAAAGCAUUGGACCAGCCGUCUUGUAUUGCGUAUCCAGCCACUACAACCACCUUUGAGAUCAAGAGUGGCACCAUUCACCUUUUGCCGCAAUUUUAUGGUAAGGCUGGGGGAUGA